AUGGACGCCUUCACCAGCGCUGCGGCACGGAGCUUUCGGGAUCGGAUGACCUUCCAUUGCGGUGCGACCAUGGGCUUCACUUGUGCUGUGUAUUUGAUGGGCAUCUUGCGGCCCGUCCUGGAGCCCUUCUUCUGGGCCUUGUUUUUGGUCACUGCCCUGGAGCCGCUCUCCCGGUUCUUCGAAGGUUUACUGUUGGGAGCAGGAGAACUGCUCUGUGGCGCCUUCCGACGGCGACGAGGGAGGUGCCUUUGUGCCAGUCCGUGUUCAGGCGAACGCCGUGGCAUGGUGGACGUGGCCGCCUUGAGCCCGUUGUGGCACAUCGCGCCAGAGGAUGGCGACGUGAGCUGCAAGGAGAGCUGUUGCGCCUGCUUGUCGCGGCUCAUCUCAGUGCUCGGUGCCCUCCUCGUGGUCUUCCUGGCUCUCUUCGGUAUGGCCUGCGUGGUCAUCGACGGGGUGGUGCGUGUGCAGAAGGACCUGCCCCUCUACGAGCUUGGAGCGCACACCAUCGUGCAGCGUGUGAAGGCCUUUGUGAAGAGUUUGUCCUUGACCUUCCCGGAAGCCUUCUUGACCAUGGUUUCGGAGAAGCUUCUGGACGAGGCGAAGCUGAUGCUUUCCACUGCUUUGGGCGGUUUGCUGGAAUAUUUGAGCAACGUGAUCUUUGAGUUGCUCAUGCUGGGUUUGUAUGUGCUCUUCUGGCUGUGCACACCAAUGCCCAUUGCCAGCACCACCGAGACCAUCUUCCGGCGGUACCUUUUCCUGAAGGGUACUGCCUGUCUCGGGUAUGGAGUUUGUGUGGGCUUGGUCUUCUAUCUCUUGAAGCUCCAACUACCAGUGGUUUUUGGCCUCACCUCCUUCGUGUUGAGCUUCAUCCCGGAGGUGGGUGCCUUUCUGGCCAUGUUGCUCUCGGUGCCGGUGAUCCUGUUCGAUAGUCGCCACGAGGCGGCCUUGGUCACGUUUUUGAGUGCCCUGGCAGCGCAGCUGGGCCUCAAGUUCUUCUUCACCAACAUCGUGGAAGUGAAGUUGGUGGAGAAUGAUUCCACCAUGAAGAUGCACCCCGUAGUCACACUGCUGGCCGUGACCUUCUUCGGCUUCCUGUGGGGCCCCACGGGGAUGCUCCUUUCCGUGCCCAUGAUGACGUAUUUCAAAGCCGUGCUCUUGGUGGAGUAUGUGCCUCCCGGCUACCGGGACCCCUUGUUGAUCCUCAUUGAAGGUGAUCGCAUGGCACCCAAAAGGCACCGAGCGCGGAUGAAGGACCUCAGCACAGAGGAGUGGCAACGGCAACGGCACAACUCCGACUGA